AUGAGAACGUUAAUUCUAUUUUUCUGUAUUCUUGCCGUAAAAGAGUGCAUUUGUGAAGAUACUGUAGAAGUUAGUUUGAAACAAGGUGUAGUUGUUGGAAAAGUGGAGAAAACGAUACAUAAAAAGCAGGAUUUUUAUACUUUUAAAGGUAUACCUUUUGCGGAAAGUCCCGUUGGGGAAUUAAGAUUCCAGCCACCAAAACCCCACGAUGGUUGGAGCGGUAACCUGGAGGCCUUUGAGAACAAACCAACAUGCAUGCAGUUCAGUUCCAGGAUGAGGAACAAGGAGCCUUUUGGAAUAUCAGGAUCGGAAGACUGCCUCUACGUCAGUGUCUUCACACCAGACGUGAAAGGAAAUGCUCCAGUCAUAGUAUUUGACUAUAAUGAUCAAUUUAGAACUUGGUUUAAUGGAACAGACACUUACUCUCCAGACUUCCUCGUUGAAGAAGGAGUUGUCGUAGUCACCAUCAGCCAUCGUCUCGCCAUUCUAGGUUAUCUAACUACUGAAGAUGGUGUCAUUAAAGGUAAUAAUGGCUUGAGAGAUUUCAUUCUUGGACUCGAAUGGAUUAAACAUAAUAUUGAAAAGUUUGGCGGUGAUCCAUCUAAAGUUACGAUCGUUGGAAGUCGAGGUGGAGCUGCGUUAGCUGAUAUUCUACUUUAUUCUGAGAAAGCUAAAGGACUCUUCUCCGGUGCCAUCCUUCAAAGCGGAACAGCAUUAGAAGCUAUGUACUUCUACAAAGAGCCUAAGAAGAAGGCAUUCCACCUUGGAUCUGCUUUGAAUAUUACUGCAGCAAACAGCCAAGAAUUGUUGGAAGAACUUCAAAAGUUAGACGCUGAGAACAUUCUCCUUGCUGAAAUUGACACCAUAGAUGUUAAGUAUAUAGACGAAUAUCAGAUUAGUAACUUUCCUUACGCACCCACAAUUGAAUACGGUAUUGAAGAUGCAGUUCUUAGCGAAUUACCUGAGAAAAGUAAAAUAGUUAAUGACGUCCCCAUUAUAAUUGGUUUCAAUUCCCGUGAAGGAAUCGACAUAAUUUCUAAUCUGAUUAUUGAACCAAGAUUUUUAACUGAUAACGCUGAGAAACAUAUUCUGAAACUGCCAAUUAGGACUAACUUCCGAUUUGUACAGAACAGUAAGCCUUACAAGGAAGCUGGAAGGGACAUCGUUAAUUUCUAUUUGGCAGAUAAAUCGCUGCACUAUGCUAAUCUUCUAGAGUAUGCUGUGUUUGUAGCAGACUGUCUACAAAAUUACCCGAUAGAUUUAACUGCUCAUAAGUUAGCCGAAAGUCUUUCUUCUCCAGUCUAUUACUAUGUUUUUGACUUCAGAGGUCAGUGGAAUGAAAAUAGUCAGAAUAUAAUGGCUCAGUCUAGGACAACUAUGGGUCACCACGGUGCUACUGUGGGAGAUGAAUUGUGUUACCUAUUCGUUUGCUCUCGUAUCAAGAAGAGUUAUGAUCAGAUGCUGAACCUGCCCAGUGAACAAAACGAACAGAAAGUAAUGAAGCGAAUGGUCCGUUUGUGGAGCAACUUUGCUAGAACAGGGAACCCCACACCAUCAAAAGACGAUGAGGUUCUGAAGGGACUCACGUGGAAACCUAUGGGCAAAGAAUUGGAGACCAACUACCUUCAUAUCACGAAGCUACUCCGCAUGAAGACCAACCCCUUAGGAGAAAGGAAGAAGUUCUGGGAAGACUUCUUGGAAAAGUACUCACAGAUGGCAGUAGAUGGUGUUAUAGGCUCAGGAGAGACGGUAGAAGAUGAAGAACCUGUAGAGGCCGCAAAAUCUGUUGAACCUGUUGAAGCCGUAGAACCUGUUGAAUCUGUAGAAUCUGCAAAUCCUGGAGAAUCAGCAGUACCCGUGAAUAUUGUUGACGUUGCUCACGAGGAACUGUAA